AUGGGAGGAAACUUAUCAACUGAAUUGAAGUCUUCCAAGUACAGGAAGAGAGAGGUGGUGGACCUGCGAAAGAUGAACAUCGAUAAGCUGCCACCAACUAUUGGCACAUUGCUGUGCAAGGAGUUGCUGCUCAGCGAGAACGACUUGACCACGCUGCCAGAGGAGAUUGGCAAGCUGGGCAACAUCGAGAUCCUCGACGCCUCCAAGAACAGAAUCACGUCGAUCCCACUGGAGGUCGGCCUGCUCAAGACCCUCAAGCAGCUGUACCUCAGCAACAACAAGCUGUUCUGCACACCGCUGCCCGCCAAGAUCGGCGACCUGCGCGGCCUCACCAAGCUGGACCUGUCGGGCAACCAGCUGGACGAGCUGCCCAUGGAGCUGUCGCGUCUCGAGAGCCUCGAGUACCUUGACCUGUCGGACAACCAGCUGCAGUCGUUCCCAUUGGAGCUCGGCAAGUUGCACGAGCUGCAGACAUUCAACAUCAGCAAGAACUCGCUCAAGGUGUUGCCCAACGAGAUCUCGGGCUGGAUCCGUCUGAAGGAGCUCAACGUGUCGGCCAACCAGCUGAUCACCCUGCCUAACCAAAUCUCGCUGCUAGGCCAGCUCAACACCCUCAACGUCAGCUCCAACAAGCUGCAGCAGCUGCCCGAGGAGCUGUCAUCCAUGGUGUCACUGACCGAGAUCGACCUUAAGGUGAACCCACCCCUGCAGUACGUGCCACCCCUGGCCAACCUGCGCUCGCUUAAGAAGCUCUCGCUCAGGAACCUCCAGAUCAGCCAUUUGCCUAUGGGCAUCGGCUUGCUCAACGAGCUCCAGGAGCUGGACCUUCGCGACAACCCCCAGCUCAAGGAGAUCCCCUACGACAUUGGCACCCUGAUCAACCUGCAGCGUCUGGACCUCUACGGAAACAACAUGAAGAUCGUACCACGCGAGAUUGGCAACCUGGUCAACCUGCAGUCGCUCGACAUCCGCAACAACAUGCUGCUGCUCGACAACAUCCCCACAGAGAUCGGUCGUCUCACCAACCUCAAGAAGCUGUCGCUCUCGGGCAACAAGCUUGUUGCUUUGCCCGCCGAGGUGUGCAACAUUCGCGGCCUCAAGGAGCUCGAGUGUGCCAGCAACCAGCUGCAGGCCAUCCCUCAGGAGAUUGGUAACCUCACUCAGUUGACCAAGAUCAACUUCUCUGCCAACAAGUUGACUGCCAUCCCACCAACAUUUGGUAACCUCACUGAGCUUACUAUUAUGGACAUUAAGAGUAAUGAGAUUUCUGAGUUGCCAACAACAUUGGGCGGAUUGAAGUCUAUUAACAAGAUCGAUUUGAGUCACAACAUGCUGACAGAGCUGCCUUGGGAGUUUGGCGAGUUGCUCACACUCACCGUGUUGGACGUCAGCCACAACCCAUUGACCCUGCCACCCAACCCAGUCGUUAUGAAGGGUACCGAGGCCAUCAUCCAAUGGCUGCAAAAGAACGAGAAGGAGGGUCGCAAGGGCAAGGUGUCCGGUCUCGAGUUGCAGAAGAGUCAAGAGGACAAGUAA